AUGGAAGUGACCAACAGCCUCCAAACUAGGCAAGGCUUGACCUGGAUACCUGAGGAAGUGACCAACAGCCCCCAGACUAGCCAGGACUUCAUCUGGAUACCUGAAGAAGUCCAGUACCACAUCAACCUGUGGCUGGUCAUCAUUGUCCGGUCAGUUCUCUCCCUCUUCGGGGUCAUCUCCAACGUCGUCAACCUGAGAAUAUUUUACACGCUCGGUAUGAAGGAGCGGGUCAACUUCACGCUCUUCAUUCUGUCUGCCAUCGACUUCGGCUAUUGUUUAUUCACCCUCGCUACAUCUGUUGAUUUUACGUUCAUAUUUUAUAACAUAGACGAGACAGUAACUCAACACACUGUGCUAGAAGUUUUGUACAUUAUUCGAGCUUGUUUUAUCGACUGCUCCUCUUUACUUGUAGCUUUUAUUUCCAUUGAGCGAUGCUUUUGUGUCACUCUUCCGUUCACCUUUAGCAUUCAUUUUAACGCCAGAAAAACUAAAACUACUAUAGCGACAAUUAUAAUAUUUAUAUUGAUGAAUUAUUUUCCUUUUCUAAUUAGUGUUAAGAUGAAGGAAGUAACUGAUUUAAAGACCAACAAAACGAUCUUCACAUAUGAAAUAACGGAAUUUUUUUUAAUCAUGGCGAAUUUAAACAACUACUUGCUUGGGAUUUUGCUGGCAGUUUUCUGUCAAGUAUCCGUGUUCGUAUGCGCAGUGUUAAUGCAUAGAGGUCUCCAGAAAUCCUCGCUGGUACGCAAGUCUGUAGGGCACGUGAAAUCAAGCAGACCGGACAAUACGGACAGUGAAAAGUCAACAACGGGUAAUCUAGGCUUGAUGUCAGGCAAGGAGAGGCGUAUAAUCAAAAUGGUGAUUAUUUUAGCCUGUCUGUACGUGCCGACGUCCUUGCCACAAAUAGCCCUGGCCUUCGCCCUGUUGUUGUACCCUGACCUGAUGGUUGGUCCACUGGUCAAUGUUUACACCAUAAGCUCUGGAUUAAUGACACUCUGUUGUACAGCUAAUGGUUCCCUGACCAUCUUCAUUUACUACAAGUACAACACCAACUUCAGGAAAACGUUGCUACAAAAAAUAUUUAAACUACACGUUCUUUAA